AAAAAGUUGUACUUCCUCAAAACGUCCAUAAGGGGACAGCCUAGACCGUGAAACUGACAGCAAGUCUCUGAAACGUGAAAACCACUCCUACGUCAGACGCGUCGCAUUCUUUGUCCGGCCUUUGUUUCAAACGCAGUUAGAUGUGGAAUGGAUUUGUUCAGCUCCGGAUUUUUUUCAAUAUACCCAUUUCUUGUCUGUUUUAAAUUACAUUCCAGGAUAUAAUUGUUGCCACCUUCGUAUACGGAAUGAAUCAUCUGCUGGGUGAAAUGAUUUGUUUUCGGAUAUAUCUGGUGCUUUUUGUUCUGGAAUAUAGCUGUGUAGCGGUGUCUGGGCAGCUUUCUUACUCCGUGCAAGAGGAGGUAAAUUCGGGGACUGCAGUCGGAAACCUUGCGAAGGACUUGAACCUCAAUGUGCAGGAUUUGGAGUCACGUAUGUUUCAGAUCGUGAGCGGAUCAAAGCGAAAGUAUUUUGAUGUGAAUUUAAAGUCAGGUCUCCUUCAUGUCAUAGAAAGAAUAGACAGAGAGGAGCUGUGUGAAAAAGCUGCAACAUGCGCAUUAAACGUAGAGGCCGUGAUCAAUAAUCCACUAAAGCUCUAUCGUAUUGAGGUUAAUAUUCUCGAUAUUAAUGACAACCCGCCGUCGUUUAGUGCCAAAUCACAAACUAUCGACAUAGCUGAGAGCGUGCUGCCUGGAGCCACAUUCCCCGUGCUGUCUGCUUAUGAUGCCGAUAUUGGGAAAAAUGCAAUUAACACCUACAAACUCACACAAAAUGAAUAUUUUUCUUUAGCGGUCCACAAAGGUAAAAGCGUAUCCGCUGAGUUAGUUCUUCAGAAAGCAUUAGAUCGAGAAAAACAGGCCUUAAUCAAGCUCACUUUGACAGCGCUAGACGGAGGAACACCGGUAAAGACAGCAACGUCUGAAGUUCUUAUUCAUGUUUUGGAUAUUAAUGACAAUUUUCCGAUUUUUACAAAAACACUUUACAAAACGACAAUUUCAGAAAAUCCCUCAGUUGGAACAACAGUCCUGACGGUGACAGCAACUGACGCUGAUGAGGGAAUAAACAAAGACAUCGUGUAUUUGCUUAAUGCAAAAGAUCAGGACCACGUGUUGGAAACUUUUGAAAUUGAUCCUGAAAAAGGAUCAAUAACAAUGAAGGGAGUUGUUGACUUUGAAACAAGCCCUGCUUUUGAAAUUCGCGUUCAGGCCACUGACAAAGGCCAGCCUCCUUUAACGGCACAAUGUAAAGUCCUCGUGGAAGUCCUGGAUCUAAACGAUAAUGCCCCCGAGAUCACAGUCACGGCACUGCUCACGUCUGUUAAGGAAGAUGCUGAAACUGGCACAGCUAUAGCUCUUGUUUCAGUGCUUGACAAAGAUGGAGGUAAAAAUGGUGAAGUCACGUGUGAAAUAAUGAAUUCGGUUCCUUUUAAAUUGGAGACAAAUUAUAAAAAUUAUUAUUCAUUAAUAGUUGAUGGUCAUUUAGACAGGGAACUAAUUCCUAAUUACAACAUUACAAUGAAAGCCACAGAUAAAGGAAGACCUUCUCUGUUCACCACAGCCUCCACGUUUAUUAGGAUCACUGACGUAAAUGACAACGCCCCUUUGUUUUCUGAAGUCGUCAUCAAUCUGUACGUGAAAGAAAACUCUAAAGAAAGAACAGCUUUAAGAAGAAUAUCUGCAGUUGAUGUUGAUGAAAAUGAAAACGCUCGAAUAUCUUAUUCACUUGUAAACGAUAAUAACAAACAUGCACCGCUGUCCAGAAUGAUAAAUAUCAACUCAGAAACAGGAGAAAUAAUCAGCCUUCAGUCAUUUGACUACGAGGAACUAAAAACAUUCCAGUUCAAAGUUCAGGCCACAGACUCUGGUGUUCCUCCGCUCAGCAGCAACGUGACUGUGAACGUUUUUGUUCUGGAUGAAAAUGACAACAGUCCCUCCAUUCUUGCUCCUUACUCUGAGCACGGCUCCGUUAACAGCGAGAACAUCCCAUAUUCUGCUGAAGCGGGAUACUUUGUGGCAAAGAUCAGGGCUGUGGACGCAGACUCUGGAUACAAUGCGCUGCUUUCUUAUCACCUGUCUGAGCCCAAAGGAAACAACCUGUUCAGGAUUGGAACCAGCAGCGGGGAGAUCAGGACUAAGAGGAGAAUGAGCGACAAUGACCUGAAAAGUCACCCCUUGCUGGUGCUGGUUUCUGAUAACGGAGAACCUUCUCUGUCAGCUACUUUGUCUAUUGAGGUGGUGGUGCUGGAAAGCACCGCUGACAUGCAGACUCCGUUCAGACACGUGCCUCUAAAGGAGGACAGCUUCUCGGAUUUGAACCUGUACCUGCUGAUCGCCAUAGUGUCAGUGUUCGUCAUCUUUCUGCUGAGUCUCAUCAGUCUGAUGGCUGUCAGAUGCCACAGGACAGACGGAAGUUUCAGCAGGUACAGCGCUCCAAUGAUCACCACCCACCCUGACGGGAGCUGGUCUUACUCGAAAGCUACUCAGCAGUACGACGUGUGUUUCAGUUCGGACACACUCAAGAGUGACGUGGUGGUUUUCCCCGCACCGUUUCCUCCUGUAGAUGCAGAACUGAUCAGUAUAAACGGAGCAGACACUUUUACCAGAACUCAGACUUUACCCAACUCAGAGAAGGUAAGAACAUAACUUUUAUAAUUUAUUA